AUGUGGUUAUUGAAAAAUUUUCAACAGCAAAAUGGCGAAAAGUCGGAUGCAGAUAAACAGGAAAUUCAUAUAACAGAAGUAAAGGAUGACGACCAAGUUACUGCUGAUGGUGUAGACGCGGAGGACAAACAGCCCAAUUCUGUUACGACAGAGUUGACACCAAAGAAACCAUCUGCAGUCACCAAUCAUUCAGACGACCUUGUCGUUGUGAAGCAGUUGCUCGCCUCUGAGCCCACGGAUGAUGUCGGUGAGUUGUUGUACUUCACUCAUUGCUUAUUUUCGUAA